AUGGCGUUUCGUUCACUAUCAGCCAAUCGUCCUUCAGGGGUACAAAACGAAGCGUUUUUUCCGCUUCCAGGAGUACCAGCCAGGUCACUUAGCCGACAAGGAAAAGGGGAAAAAGUCGAUUCAUUGUUUUCUCCAGACUCAGAUGGCGUAUCUGUGAGUAGCAGUGAGUCGUCUGCCUUCGAAGGUACAUCUCGGAUCCUUCAGAUUCCUCAGCGACAGAUGUCCAUACAGGAGACAGACGUGGCAGCAAAGGCACCUUCGUGGGGAAACGUACACCAAGAAAAAGAGGGAAGCUCAAACAGGUUCCUGCAGACCGUCCAGAACAAACAAGAGGCUGAGGGAUGGGACCGAGGAAGAAAGGAGAGAACGAAUCUUGACUUCGUCUUUAAGUACCGCUUCAACGGUCCUGGCAGAUCCGAAGAGGAGCAGGAGGAGACAGAACCUGUCACGGCCCAGUCGCCUCUUCUCGAGGAACGAAUUAUGAAGAGCAAUAGCCGCCAGGAAGGUGAAACCACAAGCGACAGUUCUGGGGAAAACGAUGAGCAAGAUGAUGAUGACGAUGCUGAGGACAUUGGAAACGAGAACAGCGACGAGGGAGUUCUUGACGGUCAACACUUCACAAAUCAAGGGAAGAAGAAAAGGCUUUUCACAGCUAAACGGCCGAUGUGCAGCAAGUCUUCUUCCUGUGGCGUUCCAUCUCAUCUCGCUUGGGCCAAAUAUCCGUCGUUUGAUGCUUCUUCCAACAGCAAGAACUACAAUAUCCCCUGCGCUGCCGGGGCAUCACAACUGCUUGCGCCUCUCUUCAGCCAGCCGAUACCUCAAGCUCUUCCCAUGCCACCGCCUGUCGUGCCCGUCCCCUUCCCUUACCCAAUCUCCACGCCUGUCCCCACUCCCGUUCCGACCCCGGUUCCGGCGCCAGUUCCGACCCCGGUUCCGGCGCCAGUUCCGACCCCGGUUCCGGCGCCAGUUCCGGCGCCAGUUCUGGCUCCUGUCUCCACUCCAGUGCAAACCGCCUUUCCUUCAAUGAUCGCUGCGCCUGGUCCCAUGCCCCUGUCUGGAUCUCUGCUUUCUGGGCAGAUCCCUCCUCAGCUGAAUCUGCCCUUCUCGCUGCCUGAGCUGUCUCCUCAGCUCCCUUUCUCUACUUUUGCGUCUCCAGGUGCAGAGACCAGCGUCUCUCCGCAAGCCGCUGCGCCCGCAACCACGCUUGGGCUCCAAAGGUCCUCCGCACCGUUAGGAGCCCUGUUGGGGGCGGAUCCUACCGUGCAGACAAGCAGCCUUGUGUCUCCGUACCUUGCUACGCGGGAUGUCUCUGCUUUCCCGUCUGCCGUCUCCAUGCCGGCAAGUUUCUCGCCCAACAGUCCCGCCUCAACCGCGCCGCCUCCUGGGGCUCCGGGGUCGCCGUCUGCCGCACUGGCGGCUGGAGCGGCCCGAGCCGAGGCAGACGCUGCGAGAACUUUGCUGUCGCAGGCUGCCUUCUCUCCCUUUUCAUCUUUCUUGGUGUCUCCGCAGAUCGGAGGCUUGCUGGCUGUAGCUGCUCCUGAGGGUGUGGCCGCGGUGCAACAAGGUGGGGGUGGCGGAGACAGUCUCCCAUUCGGAGCUGCAACGCUGGCAGCUCUGCUUGAAUCCAUUCAAGACAGCGAUGCGGGAACCGUGGCGCCUUCAGGGGCACAGCGCCAAGAGGGCGUUGUGUCUCUAGUGCCCCCCGGGCUUCCUGGGGGGCUUGGAGGGUUCCCCCCCGUCUCCGUGCAGCCGAGAAGGUACCAGGCGACGCCCAGUGCUUCCCGGAGCAGCCCCGCCGCGUUGGGUUCUAUGCGCCCAGAAGAUGCGGUCAUUCUUGUCCCUGAUGAAGUGCAGACUGCGACUGCGUCGGAGACAACCCGCAACGCUAGGCUGGCACCCCCACGGGAAAGUCAAGGAGGGACAGGCCAGGAGCGUCUCGACAUUUCACUAGCCUCUCCAUCCCCACUGGGUCUUGUGAAUCAGACAGCUCGUCCUUUCUUUCAGUCCCCUUUCUCCCCUUCAACACAGGCGUCUCUGCCAGGCGGCCUGGCUCUGCCGCCUGCGCCUUCUUCGUCUCCGACUUCAGCUGCUUCGCUCUUCGCUGCGGUCGGAGGCAGGUUAGGGGCAGAGGAAGAGAAACAGGGACUUGGAGAGUCGAGAACAAAGUCAGCCAACAGCGACGAAUCUGUUGGCGGAAGCAGGAGCUCUUCUCUGCAGGCUGUGACGCUCUCCGUGGCUGCUGGACUGGAGGUGCCUGCAGGGGGUCCAGGGAUCCUGUCCCCAGAGGGGAGAGAAACUCUUUCAGAUGCACAGUUUUCCGCUCUGCUCCAAGAGCUGCUUCUGAGGCGAGACGCGCUGACAAGGCAAACGCCCUUUGGAAAUCCUGAGCACACCAGUUUCUCGUCUGAGCGGGGAAGUCGAGGAAACAGUGCCCCACUGCUGAGAGAGGCACUGGAGAGACAAGAAGGGCUAGAGCGGCAACAGACGCUGAACAGACAACACGUUCAGUUCCCGGGAGAAACGGAAUGGCAGAUGUGGUGGCCAGAGGUGCAAAGCGAAGAUGUGACCAGCCGCCUCGCGGAAGGCUCUUCUCUUCAGCUGCCGGUGAGGGACGUGACAGGAGAGAAGCAGGGAGAAAGGGAACCAGGCGGGGUGUAUGGACCGUCGAGCGAGAGAGAGGAAAGUGCACUUUACGGCAUCCCGAGGCGCAAGCAAGAAGCAAGAGAAGCGGCGAAGACAAGACAGCCAGGAGAAACCAAGUUGGCGGCAGAGACAACGAGACGUGAUGCAGAAGCGACGCGGCAAUAUGGGCAAGACGGCGUCUACCCUCUCCUGUCGUUACCGCACAUCACUAUGCGAGGAGAGGACCGCGCAUUAGGAGGCGAAGGAGAACAAGAAGGAGCGAAAAACACCCAAAGAAGAAGCGACCCAGCAUGCGCCAGACAUCUCGAUCUGCUCCAGAACAGAGGCCCCGGAAAAUCCUCUCUGAUAACGUGCUGCUGCGACGAGGUCGUUCCUCUUCCUGAAGAUCCGCCGCCUUUCCCUGAAGUCUCUGCGCCACCCGCUGCCGCUUUUCCCCCACCACCUCCCUUCUAUCCUUCUUCUUCUCCCCCUCCUUCUUCGUUUCCUGCUCCAGCUUCUCCUCUCGAUGCACAGGCAUCUCUCGCUCCCCCCUUCUCUGGAUCGCUCGAGUUGCCUUUCAUUCUUGGAGAGGGCGUCUCGCCUUCGCUGGUCUGUCCGCCUGGAACGCGGUUCGCCGGCGUUGGAGACGAAGAGGCUGAGAGAGACUCCACUUCUAAGAGAGACUUUGUCGAAGAGAAAACGCUUCGGCGGGGGCAGUGCCGGCCAAUAGACGGAGAACGAUGCACCUUGGACAGCGACUGCGGCUGGUACGAGUUUUCUAUGGCGUUUUGCGACACCACAGACGGACGGUGUCGCUCCGCCUCUCCCCAUGCUUCUUCGUGUCUGCUGCAUCUCCGGACGCUUUUGCGGCUUCUUCUCUGGGUUGCAGAAGGCGACGGAAACCUCAGCGGUGAACCGCGAGCGUCGCUUUCCGCUGCAGCUGCCUCUGGAGUCUGUCGAGAGGGACACCGGGCGGAGCUUGCCGCCUUCGAAGUGCGAGAAGAAAGUCGCAGAGAGGCGGAUAAAAAAGGCCAUACGGCGUCCCUGCCGGAAGAAACCAGCGUCCUGAGUCCUCAGGUGCUGCUGGCGUGGAUGCCGUCUCACAGAGGAGCAAGGAAAAUCGAUGGAGCCCAAGAAAGCUUCCAGAACGCCUCGAGCUUCUCUGCAGACACUUCAGCGCCUUCUUCUGGAUCGGGACCGGACACAGCGAAUGACUACGUUGAACAGCUUCGCGAAAUCCGAAGACGUUUUCUAUGCUGCUUGAUGGAAGAUGUCAAAUCAGAGCAGCAGCGGGGAAACCUCCUGUCGGUGCUCUCUUUGUGGGACUGGCGGACAGGCGGAGAAAGGCCCUCCUUUCCUGAUGUGCAAAGAGCCAAAGACGCGGACUUUGCCUGGCACAUGGAGUCGCGAGAAGCCGGAACGUCGUUGCCUUCUUGGCUUUUCCCGAUGUUUCCUGAGGGCGUUGUAGCGUGCGAAGAUUCAGACGAAAGUCGAGCCAGUGUCGACGAAGAAGCGCAACGAGACAGAAGACCGAGAGACCACUCGACCGCCAGUGGAUACACCACAUACGUCGAAGCCGACUUGCGACAAGAUCUGCCUUCUGGCUGGGAUGCCGAGCUCUCGGGGAGGGAAGAAGUGAACAAAACAGAAGAGAGAAAGACGCCUGCCAACUCGGUGGCAAGCCGAGGAACACUGGAAGGAGAGACAGCAAAGGAAAACACCCACAGAGAGGAAGCUUUGUACUCAACUAGAGACAAGACUGAGGUGGAGAGGCCCGAAGCCCCGUCUCCUUCGUCUGGAUCGCUUCCUCACUCGCUGCCGUUUAUCUCCAGCGAUGAAGCGUCUGCUCUUUCUUCUCCUCUCUCUUCUUCCUCCUCUGCUUCUCCAUAUUCUUCUGCUUCACUGGAGGGAGACAGUUCAGAGCCGAGAGACGCCGGAAAGGCUGGGGCGUCCGAGAUACUCGCGACGCGGCAGCAAGGUCAGGAAAUUGUCUCUCGUCCUCGCCUUCAGAGAGAAGAAAGGCGACAGAGCGAGUGGCUACACCAAGGCGGAGAGCAAGGAAGAAAGGAGAGAAAGGUGGAGUCCGAUGCGGAUGGCGUAGGACUCGAGGGUCGAGCGAAGGCGAGGGUCCGAGACAGAGAGAAUGAUGACUCGGCAGAGGAGGUUGAAGCAGCAAAGAGAGAUGAAGCUCCACAAAAGAAACGCGAGAGAGGGGGGGAAGGCACACAUGCUUUGCCGAUGAGAAAAGACCGGCCACCCUUCUCUUCCACGCGUCUCCACUUUUCUUUCCAAGCUUCUUUCGAGCAAGUGGCAGACGAGAGGAGAGAGGAGGCCACAGCGAAACUCGAGGACCUGGCGAGAACGACAGAAAGUCUCAACGAGCAAGGCAGAACAGGAGGCGAACAGAGAAAGCGGAAUUCUUCUGAGGAGACGGCGAGGAGAAGGGGCUUUUCCUUCGACCGCGCCUCCAGCAGCGUCUCGUUAGACGCUUCGCCUUCUCGAAAGAAAAAUUGGAAGCAUCGCCAAUUCCCCUCUGGAGAGUCGAGCGAAGCAGACGAGCGGCCACAGGAGGCAAGUGGAAGCAUGGAAGAAGAACGCGACAGAGGGGCGACUGACCACACGAAGGUUGAACGCGAGAGACGCGAGCCUGAUCGUGGAGAAGAUCGAGAGUCGAGAAGAAGCGCGACCGCGAGAGACGAAGAGACCGAGAGAAGAGACAAGACAGGAAGCAGGUGGAGAGAGAACUCAGGAAAACUGCCUUCGUCGCUGCUUGUGGCGGGUGAAGCGGAGACAGGGAACAAACAAGACAGCGAAGCAUCAACGCUAGAGGCCAGAGAAGAAAGGAGUGCUUUUCCUUCCACCUCUCGAGAGGGAAGCGAGGAGAACGCGACGACAAACCAGGGUCUGCCAGUGAAGAAUCCUACUCAAAUGGAACAGAAGAAUGCGCAGGAAGCGGCCGAGCUAGGAAUGGAGACAGAUACAGGCUUCUCUUCUUCUGAAGGAGGAACUGUGUCUCCAUUUUUCCACGCACCACAUGGCUCUAGUUCCCUGCCCGUGGCGUCCCCUGUUUCUUCUCCUUCUGCUAAACUCGAUUUCGCCCCAGCAUCUUCGGAGUCGUCCUCACAUGAUGCCUCGUCUACACAGUCCUUCUCGCCGCCCGCAGGGUCUCGCCCAUGGGGCAUAUCAGCUUCUCUCCAGGUCCAGAGAGAAAGCGAUGAAGGCCGAAGGCAACGCCCCGCGCCUGCGGACGCUCACGGUGGACUUGAGGGUCGAGAGGAGAGAAAAGAGGAGCCCAGAGACACGUGGAGAGGCAGCGCGAGAGAGAGGGGCGAGGCAGAGCGACACCGCGUGCAGAUACCUUUUGGUGGGGUCAUGAAUGAGCCACAAAUGGAAGAAAGCGGCGAGCAAGAGGCAGUCGAAUCUCACGUUUUCUGGGAAGGAGAGGUCAUUGUCACUCUUGAUCGAGGAGGGAACGGGACGCAGUUGAAACGCAUGAAAACUCACGACAUUCUCUCCCUCCAGAGCUCGCUGCUUCGCGCUGCCUCCGCCCUCCUGCCUACUCCGCCACUGUUGGAAGACAAGUUUGUCUCUCCUGCGAGCACGCAGUGGAACUCGAGAGACGCGGACGCCGACUCCGAACAGAAAGGAGAUCGAGAGGAAGAAAGCGAUGUGCUCCUCGCUGGGCGACAAAUCACAGAGACGUCUGAGGAAUACGUUCCGGCGGAAGGGGAGGCGAGGAUGAGCACGAGCCAGGACACAGACAGCGACGUCUUGGCAGAGCAGCUGGAGAAGAAACUCCUUCAGUUUAGAUAUUUCCUUCAGUCUCUCAUGGACUCUGAAGACGGCCACUCUUCUCCCUUGCGCGCCGCGGAGUCGGAGAGCCUGGAUUCGUGGCUAUGUGAAACUCUGCGGUCCCGUCGCGCCCGAAUCUCUCUCUUGCUCGCUCCUCAAGCGCUGGUUUCAAGUCCGUCCGAGUCGUCUGCGUCGUCUGCAUCGUCUGCGUCUUCUUUCUCCCCUCGUUCAGUUCGCAGCGCUCCUUCAGCUGCGCUGUCUUUCUUUCUCUCUCCGAAGUUGAGCGACCCUGAAGUCGAGUUCUCAGAUGUGCUUCUCGACCGAUUUCUCCUCCUCUUUGCUGGACAGGAUGAGGAAAAGGAGCUCGUCCGAGACAGAGAGGCGAACGCAGAGCUAGACAGGGUCGCAAGAGGACAUGCGAGAGAAACCGGCAACGAACGCGAAGCCGAGGAUAACGGCGAAGAUCAAGGCGAAGAGGCCCGCGCCGAAGACAGAGUGCUCAGUCACCUCUUUGAGUCUGUUGACUCGCGCCAGCCGCUCGACCGUCUCGUGUCUCCUGAGCCGGCUGUCUCUGUCUCUUCGGCUUCUUCCGCCGUUCCUCCGGAGCCUCCAGAGCCCACUGAGGAGGCCAGAAACACGAAUGAAAAAAAGAACUUUUAUGAGGCCUUCCUCCGAAUCUGGAAGGAGAUAUUGCAUCGCGAACUCAGCGACCUGUACGGGCCUCGUGUGUCCAUCGACGCUGUCGGGCACCAAGCGAUGACUCUCGUCAUCCAUUUCUCCGUAGAUGCAGAAUCAGUUGUCGCCGUCAAGCGACAGUCCAUGCUGCCUAGGAGUGCUCUCCUGCAAAGAAGCAGCUUUUUCCAGGGUGUGAGACCCCACGAACUUCUUCUUUGUCUAGAGAGCGACGAAAAGAAGGGAGAGGACGUGAGCGAGAAGGGGGCCAGCGAAGAGGACAGAGAAAAACCGAAGGAGAGAGAGGACGAUAGCGAGGCAGGGACCCUUUUCGAUAAGGGAAGUCGCCAAGACAGCAGCAGAGAAGGCAAAAGCAACGGAGAAGGCAAAAUCAGCGAAGAAGGCAUCAAACGAGGUGCCGAGUCAUCCAAAGCCAGGCGACAAAGGUGUGAGGUGGACCCAGACAAGAAGGAAGAGGCGGAGACGCUUCACAUCUACGUCAAGGCGACAGCCUAG